AUGGUUGGAAGACAGACGUUCCACAUGGAUAGUGGAGAUGGUACCGUGACGAUAAUGGAUGAGAGUCCUGCGUCCAGCCCGAACUCCAGCCCCAGUCCUGACACGGUGUCCUCGGACAGGCGGCGAACAGAGGCCCUGUCCCGCUCCAGGGUGGUCCAGACCAACAGCCUCGGAAGCAGAGGACGACCUGCAGCAGCCAAUGCAGCAAGAGAGAGGAGUCGGGUACAGACGUUACGACAUGCGUUCUUGGAGCUACAGAGAACACUACCGUCAGUGCCACCAGAUACCAAAUUAUCCAAGCUCGACGUCUUAAUACUGGCCACCACUUACAUUGCCCAUCUGACAAGAACUCUUCAAGAGGAAGGGAUGGAAGAGGGCGAGAGUACGAGACAAACCGAAGUGUUACAUUCCCUCAAAGGCGAUGGCUACCUGCACCCGGUUAAGAAAUGGCCAAUGCGAUCCAGGUUGUACGUCGGGGCUACGGGACAGUUUCUGAAUAACUCCGGGCAGGCUGAGAACUCGAACCUAGGCGAAUCGUCGUCGACAGCUCAGACGUAA